UAAAACAUUACAACAUCCUCGAUCUAGGAUUGAAAAAAAAAGACCUUACUAAAAAACGCCCAAACAUUAAACAUUUAAAAUGACCCAUUUUUAGAAACUUUACAACUCACAAGUCAAUGAGUGAUGAAGUUUAUAACCAAUCGAGAUUGUCCCUGUGAACCCAUCAUUUCCAGCAUCCCAUUCGGCCAUCGUCUGCCUAGGCGAUCGGAAGUCUGGGCGAACUCACUGGCAAUUUCUUCACCUGCUGGAAGGCUGCUGCUUUGUCCGGAGCUCUAGGUAUUCAUGCUUUGCUAGUUAACGGCACCGAAGUAGAGUACAAAAAAUAUCACUCAUAGAGUGUGGUUAGGGGUCGUGACGGAACUAGGUCGAAGAUCUUGGAGAAGCACAUUAGCACAUAAAUCAUUUUUAUAUAAUCAAUAUAGUAAUAUUGUAAUUAAGAAAAAAACAAAAUUUAAACAAAACAACUAACUAAAGAAUACCUUAAUUUUUUAUUAGCAACUAAUGUUUCAGAUGAACGAGAACAAUUGGGAUGUGGUAAUCUGAAGAACACACAAUGCUCGACCCUUUACUAUCUUCAGGAAUCAGUGUAUAAAAUCAUUUCAAAGGAAUUCUUGUCAAACAAACUAGAAAGACCAGAAUUAUAGUAAUAUGAGUAUAAUUGUAAAAAUAGCAUUAUAAGAAUCUAAAUCAACACACCUACAAUUACAAUACAUUGACAAUUUAUUAAAUAAGAAUAAUACGGAGUAAUAAGUAAACUCCACAAUGGACUUGUAUAGAAAAAUUAAUAAUUUAUAAAAUUGAAUUAAUAAUGAGUAAACUCUACCAUAAACUUGCACACAAAAUUAACAAUUUCAUAAAUGGAAACUGAAGAUUUUAAGAAUCUGAAAUCUUUCUACAUGAACUAAGAUUGAUUCGUAUGAACAAGGAAGAAAAGAACUUGGAAAUUUUAUUCAAUGUAUCUAAUCUUUGAAGUAAAUAUAAAACCAGCUAUUUAUAGAAUGAAUACAACUGAUAAAUAUCUGAAACUACUUCUAACUAACUAACAACUAACACACUAAGAAAAUCCAGGAGUAUUCUAGAAGAUCCCACGUGUGCAUGUGUAACUUCAAGGUCAACAUGGGCGUGUGUAAUAUUGCAUGGUCAACUAAAGCUUGUAUAGUAUGUCACCCCCCCCCCCCCCCCCAAGAGGAGAGUGCAGAUUCUGAACGCUCAUCUUGGAUAGUAAGAAAUGAAAAGAAUUUCGUCCAAGAGGUUUUGUGAAUAAGUUUGCUAGUUGAUGAGUUGUUGGAACAUAAAGCGCAUGACUAGUGCCAGAUUGAAUGUGUUCACGAAUGAAAUCAAAGUCAAUUUACACAUAUUUUGUUCGUUCAUGAUGUACAAGAUUUGCUGCUAUUGCUAGUGCUGAUUUACUAUCACAAAAGAUAGUUGCUUUGGAUGUGGGUAUUCUGAAAUCUUUGAAAAGCUGUAUUAGACCAAGGACUUCUGCAGAGGUAGCAGCAAGGGCUCUAUACUCAGCUUCUGCAGAGCUUCUAGAUACAGUGUUUUGCUUCUUAGAUUUCCAUGAAAUAAGUGAUUUUCCAAGAAACAUGCAAUAUCCAGUUAUGGAACGUCUAGUGUCAAUACAACUUGCCUAAUCAGAAUCUGAAAAACCUUUCAAUUGAAGAUCAGAAUUAGAAGAGUAUAUAAGUCCUUGUCCUAUAGAGCCUUUCAAAUAUCUGAGAACUCUAUGUACAGCCGAUAGAUGUGAAUGACUUGGUUUCUGCAUAAACUGAGCUAAAGUGUGUACAACAAAGCUGAUGUCUGGUCUUGUAAUGGUUAAAUAAAGUAAUUUGCCCACUAAAGACCUGUAAGUGGAAGCAUUGGUGAGAUAAUGAUCAUCAGUGCUACUAAGUCGAAGUUUAUUGUCCAUGGGAAAGGAAAUUGGUUUGCAAUCUUGAUAUCCAAAACUCAGUAGUAACUCCAUAGUGUAUUUGAGUUGACAUAGGUAUAUACCAGCAAAUGAACGAGCAACUUCUAAUCCUAAGAAAUAUUUGACAAGUCCAAGAUCCUUGAUUUUAAAUUUGCUAUCAAGAAAUUGCUUGAUAUUGUUGAUUUGCUGUAUGUUGGAGCAUGCAACAAGUAUGUCAUCACACUAUUAGAAUUUUCCUUAUUUGCUGCUACCCAUUUGUUGCGGUUCUUAGUUAAACCGCAGCAAAUACACAAAAUUUAUAAGCAUUUGCUACGGGCAAGGAAUAACCACAGCAAAUACCUUGAACUUUUCAGCUAUUUGUUGCGAACGUUGGCAAAACCGCAACGAAUAAACCUUAUUCCUUUUAUAUCUUUCUCUCUAUCUACGCACUUACUCCGUAUCAUUUAUCAAUGCCCAAAUCCCCUCCUCCCUCGAGCGGCUUCCAACAGUCCAGACCUCCUUGGCCUCUCAACCCUGCCGACUCAUGCCUCCAGCUCUGCCGCCGCCAAUUAUAUGUGCGUCGUUGAUAACUCUAUUGCAGUCGGCUGCUCACAGUUUCUUGAGGCCUUCGAGUUUGCAUCAGUCAUCCAGAGCUAGGGUUUUGUUCUUCGAUUUCAAAUCUGCGAUUUUGGUCUUCGAUUUCAAAUGUGCUAAGGAUUUCCCAGCUACUUUGCAAUUUGCAUGUUGUACUUUAUAAGGAUGUUCCUUUAGGAAUUGAACCUUCAACUGCAACUCCUAACAUGUUUAGCUGGAAUGAAAUUUCUUGCUGCUGCUCGCUUAUGACUGCCUCAGCCGCUCGCUCGAAGACUUUCACCGCAGCUCCCUCGAAGACUGUCAUCGCCCUCACUUGACUGCCACCGCCUCCAAUUGUCGCUCUGUCUGUGUCCGCUUCACAUGAAUCGUCCGGGCUCCUUAGGAGGCAGCUUUACCAGCUUCCAGGACUCCCAUCUCUACUAUUAGCUUCUUUCAAGCGGAAUAAGCAAUUUACCUCAGAAGGUUGAUAUGCAAAGUUCUAUCACGAGCCUGCUACUUCCUUAUUAAGGUUACAAAUACGGCAGUUCAUCAGAAGUUAAUUAUUGUGUUGAUUGUUUUUAUUACUGUGUUGAUUGUUAAAACAAUAAGACCGCGCAAUCAUGGAGAAGUUGAAGCAAUUCAGACAUUCAAGAACAUUUAGCGUAGUUGCAGCUAAAUACUUGCAGCUGGUUGUUGGGGUGGUUCUUUGAUGCAUGAACUUAUUAAGCAUCAUGGCAUUGAAUUGGAUCUCAUAUCAAACAUCAGAAGGUAGUAUCCUAUUCUGAUGUUCAUGUCUGAGUCCGAUAGUACUCCAUGUCCACUUCCUUCCCAUUUCAGUUAAUGUGCUCAAAGUAACCAAUCCCCCAAUUUACAACGUUAUAAAAGAUAGCUUAUGGUUUUAUACAGAAAAAAUAGUUUUAGAGCAACCUUUUAUGCCUUAGUCCCAAAAGAGUUUGAAUUCACCUAAUGUAGGAGCUAAAAAGGACAAUAAAGAUAAAUAGAUAAUAAUAAAGAUGGUAGAUACGAUAAGAUAAAAAAACAUAAAAAAGUAAAAUAAAGAUAAGAUAAAAAUAAAAAGGAUAAAAAUACUAGGUAUAAGAUAAGAAGGAUAACUCCACCAUGAAAUCAUUUUUUUGGUAUCAUGUCUAUCCCAAGCCAGGAUAAAGGAGGAGGGUGCUGUGGUAGGCAUGUGACGGCCAACAGUAUCACUUAGUCACAUCACAUGAAAUGAAUCGAAAUAUGAAUAUCGCUACAGCUAGGUCGUCGCCCGUAAGCGACGUGUCAUCCCUCCGCCUGGGGGUGGUGUCAAAUGAGCAAGGGCGCGCUACACUUCAUAGGCCUGGGUGUGGUGAUAAGAAUGCUAAGGCUGCUAGGUCGUCGCCCGGAAGUGAUGUGCCACUCCAAUGCCCGGGGAUGGUGUCAAAUAUGCAAGGGCAUGGUGGGGGUCGAUGUGGGGUGAAGAAGAGAAGGCAGGGUGUUAGAUUGCGCUUUGGGACAUGGAAUGUUGGCUCUCUUACGGGAAGAUCAUCUGAUAUAGCCAAGGUUAUGAAGAGGAGGAAUAUCAGCAUAAUGUGCAUGCAAGAAACUAAAGUGGGUUGGAGAAAAGGCAAGCGAGAUUAAUCCCGGAGGUUUUAAGCUUUGGUACUCGGGGAGAGAGAGGAACAAAAAUGGAGUAGACAUUAUGGUGGCACAUGAUUAUGUUGAUGGUGUGGUUGAAGUGUUUAGGAAGAAUGAUCGCAUCAUGAGCAUUAAGUUGAUAAUACGGGAUGAGAUCGUGUAUGUGGUUAGUGCCUAUGCACCACAAGUGGGAUUGGAUGCAUCUAUCACUCAACAAUUUUGGGAAGAUCUUGAGGAAGUGGUGCGACGAGUGCCAAGGGGAGAGAAACUGGUCAUAGGAGGCGACCUCAACGGGCAUGUGGGCCCAAGUCGUGAUGGUUUUGAGAGUGUCCAUGGCGGACAUGGUUUUGGCAUUAGAAAUGAAGCGGGGAAGAACAUUGUGGAUUUUGCCUCAACAUAUGAGUUGGCUGUGAUGAACACUUGGUUCAAGAAAAGAGACUCUCACCUUGUCACCUAUAGAAGCGGAGCUAAUAGUACCCAAAUUGACUACUUUUUAGUACGGACGACUUGGAGAACUAGCUACACUGAUUGUAAGGUUAUCCCAGGUGAGAGUGCUGUCACUCAGCAUAGGAUGCUUGUGCUUGAUUUUCGAGGUAAAAAGAGUGGACGAGUUAAGGUACAAGGGGAGCCAAAGAUAAAAUGGUGGAGGCUCGAGGGGAAUCUCCAACAAAGUUUUGCACACAAAAUGUUGGAGGAAGAUGUUUGGUCUAUUGACAAUGACGCACACGUGGAUUAUGUGUGGUUAUCAAUGGAGACCACCAUUAACAAAGUGGCGAAGGAGAUACUCGGAGAAUCUAAAGGAUGUCUGCCACUAAAAAAGGACACAUCUUGGUGGAAUGAUGAGGUGAAACAAGCAAUAAGGGCCAAAAGAGAAUGUUAUAAGAAAUUGGGCAAAAGUUGGAGCGACGAGAACAUAGAGGAGUACGAAGAGGCUAGAAGAAGAGCAAAGAAAGCCGUGAAGGAAGCCAAAGGAAAAGUGAAUAAGGAAUUGUAUGUAAAGUUGGAUUCUAAGGAAGGAGAAAAAGAUAUCUACAGACUUGCUCGCUUUCAUGACCGUAGGACUCAAGAUAUCAGAAAAGUUAAGUGUGUGAAGGAUGUCGAUCAAAGGGUACUAAUGGACGUCGAAGAAAUAAAAGAGAGGUGGAGGUCAUACUUUGAUACCUUAUUCAAUGGGAAUAAAGUCCAAGGUAUUGAUGAUCUUACUAUACCAGAGUGUAUGGUAAAUAGGGACUUCGUGAGAAGGAUUCAAACAACAGAAGUUAAAGAGGCUAUGAGAAAAAUGGGCCGGAAGAAAGCAGUGGGCCCAGAUGGCAUACCGAUCGAGGCUUGGAGAAGUUUGGGAGAGAAAGGCAUCGAGUGGCUAACACGUUUCUUCAACAUGAUUUGGAGAAACAACAAAAUGCCAGUGAGUUGGCGGAAGAGUACUCUCAUUCCCUUAUUUAAAAAUAAGGGUGAUGUACAAGAAUGUGCUAACUAUCGAGGGAUUAAGCUUAUGAGUCACACCAUGAAACUUUGGGAGCGAGUGGUUGAGCAAAGACUACGUAAAAGUGUGAAAAUUUCGGAGAAUCAAUUUGGUUUUAUGCAUGGACGCUCAACAACUGAGGCCAUUCACCUUCUUAGACAAGUUGUGGAGAAGUAUAGAGACACUAAAAAGGAUUUGCAUUUGGUGUUCAUCGACUUAGAAAAGGCAUAUGAUAGGGUACCUCGAGAAGUUCUUUGGUGGGCCUUAACUAAAAAAGGCAUAUCACGUAAGUAUAUCAGCAUCAUCAUGGAUAUGUAUGAUGCUUGUACUACAAGUGUCCGCACUAGUGUAGGGAGGACCGCAGAGUUCCCUAUUACUAUUGGAGUGCACCAAGGAUCUGCUCUGAGUCCUUUCUUAUUUGCUUUAGUCAUGGAUGAACUUACGAAGUCAAUUCAAGAAGAUAUACCGUGGUGCAUGAUGUUUGCCGACGAUAUUGUAUUGAUUGAUGAGACACAAUCCGGUGUUAAAGCAAAGUUGGAAGCAUGGCGACAAACAUUGGAGAGCAAGGGUUUCAAACUGAGCCAAAGUAAGACUGAGUAUAUGGAGUGCAAGUUUGGUGGAGGUAGAAGCAGUAGCUACAGUGGGAUUACUCUUGAUGGUAAGGAGAUACCGGUGUGUGAUAUGUUCCGUUACUUGGGAUCCAUAAUUCGAAGGAUGGUGAAUUAGAUGGAGAUGUAUGUCAUAGAAUCAUAGCUGGGUGGAUGAAAUGGAAAAGUGCUUCAGGAUUUCUAUGUGAUCGAGGUAUGCCGACUAAACUGAAAGGUAAAUUUUAUCGUACAGCAAUUAGGUCGUCAUUAAUGUAUGACGUAGAGUGUUGGGCGGUGAAUCAAUGCCACAUUCAAAAUAUGAGUGUGACAGAGAUGUGUAUGUUGCGUUGGAUGUGUGGACAUACCAGAAAAGACCGCCUGAGGAAUGAGGUAAUCAGACAAAAGGUGGGAGUAGCACCUAUAGAAGAUAAGAUGCAGGAGUCUCGUUUGCAGUGGUUUGGGCAUGUGCAUAGAAGACCGAGUGAUGCACCUGUUAGACGACUUGAGGGGUGGGGAGAAGAGUCAGAGAAGAGAGGGAGGGGAAGACCCAAACAGAAUUGGAUUAGAGUAAUCAAAACUGAUAUGCGUCUUCUUGGGUUGGAUGAGAGUAUGGCUUUGGAGAGAGCAAAGUGGAGGGUGCACAUCCAUGUGGACGAUUGAUGUCUUGUCUACCUUUCCUCUCUUGUUUCUUUUAUCGUUUAUCUUCCUUAUUUUUUUAUAUUCUUAUGUUAUUUUUAUCUUCUAGUUUUUCUAUGCUCUUUUAUUUAUUUUUCUUUUAUCUUGGUUAUAUUCUUGUGUUAUUGUUAUCUUAUAUUUAUGUAUCUUUAUUUUAUUCAUUUUAUCUUACUUUUUUUCCUUUUCUUGUCCGCCUUCUCUUUUUGGCAUCGAUAUCAUAGAUCGAUUCAUGUUAGUCGACCUCAAAAUUUUUUGGGAUUAAGGCUUGGAUGUUGUUGUUAUUGAUAAGAUAAGAAGGAUAGAAAGAUAUAAAAACAUAACAAAGAUAAAAAGAAAAAAAAGAUAUCAAUUCUCCACAUGAAUAUUCUCCUUGCAUAUUUGCUAAUUAAAGUUACUAAUUUUCAAAUAGUGUACUUGGACAUUUUCGCUGAAGACUAAUGACGCCUGGCUGUUUGCCACGCUACCGCUGGUUUAUCCUCUCCUUUCUUGGUCAAAUUAAGUUCCUAAUCUUUUUACAUAGUUAAAGUGACGUUAGAAUCAGCCAACUUCACAGCAAUUCAAGCUGACAACGCAUAUGUCUACUUUGUAAGUUUAGUGGUUUUUUACAGGUGGAAAUAUGGCCAAAAUUGGAAAAAUAUUCCACUAGUCAUGGAAAAUAGAAUGUUCUUCUCUGAGCUUUGUGGCAAGUGUGUAGUGAAGAGAAAAGUGGUCGGUAUAUGAGGCUGUGCAAGGAUUGUGGCAAGGUCAAAGCAGCUCUGCUAGUGCUGAAAAUACCUGGUCGCUCUCUCUUUACUUAUUAGAGUUAUUAGAGCUGAAUAAGUUGAAUCAGAUGAAGAGAUGAAGGUCUCACUUCACGGACUAACUGAGGAGAUGGAGCUCCAGGAUUCCAUGAAUAGGAAGCAAAUGAGGUGGCAUGAUACGCAUGUGUGGAGCUUGGCCAGGGACAGUAUGCUGCUGCAAGCGCCAUGUACUUUGCAAUG